AUGGCCCUCUGUUGCUGCCCACCUUGCUGUGAGCCAUGUUGCUGCAAGACCACCUGCUGCAAGACCACCUGCUGCCAGCCCUGCUGCUGUGAAUCCAGCUGCCCCAUGUCUAUCUGCUGCCAAUCUUGCUGUCCGCCAAGUUGUUGCAGCAUACCCUGCUGUAAGCCCUGCUGCUUAAAGCCCUGCUGCUGUGUGCCCAGCUGCUGCCAGCCCUGCUGCUGUGUGCCCAGCUGCUGCCAGCCCUGCUGCUGUGUGCCCAGCUGCUGCCAGCCCUGCUGCUGUGUGCCCAGCUGCUGCCAGCCCUGCUGCUGUGUGCCCACCUGCUGCCAGCCCUGCUGCUGUGAAAGAACCUGCUGCAACACCACCUGUUGCAAGCCAACCUGUGUGAACAUCUGUUGCAGCACACCCUGCUGCUAG